UCCUUGGAUGCCUGUACAAGUACGAUGCAGCCCUGCAAGAUGACGACACCGCUGAGAUGAGUGCAUGUGAUUGCUGCGGCCCCUUGAUAAUGUCGCUGCUCAACCCACUGCACCUUUGUAUGAGUUGAUGAUUGAACGUCAACGAAUUGGAUGUAGUUAGCGUGCCAAAGCCCUUUAGGCUUCGCGCCUCCGGGUGAAAUAAAUUCCAUCCAUCCAUCCAACCCACUGUACCUGCAGAUCACCCAGUUGGCCGAAAUUCUUUGAUGCAGCUCUUCAUUCAACGACCUCCAAAACGACCUCCAAGGUCCUGUUUCAGAGCCCUAGCACUACAGUCCAAUCCAGAUUCGUUGUUAGCUUGGCACAUAGGAGGAGGGACGAGAAAGUUCAAGGAAGGAAGUAGUGAUAAAUCUGAAGAUGAAGGUAAGACAUAUUGACCUCCAAGCCGAAGCCUUGGAAUACCCCGACAACCAGCUCUUUGUCUCGCCCAGUGCUGGUGGCAAGCCGGGGCUCGGGAUAGGCUUCCACACCCCCCGAGAUCGAGAUUCGUCGAGCUGUGUACGACAUCUAGUUGGAUUUGAAGCCACGAAUAUCUUCCCAUUAGCAUACGAACGUCAAUGGGCAGAGAACAACUACAGCCGUUCAAUCACGAUUGAUCCGUGAGACGCCUCAAGGAGACAAGAACAACUCUGUAACCUCAUUUUUACAAGAGCGAAGGAAGAGGAAAGGAAAGGGAGAGGAUGAGGAAUAUGGAAGAUAAAAGAGAAAGGGCAGGAAGGAAAGGAAAAGUGAAAAGGGAGAAAAAAGGGGAAGAAAGAAAAAGGGAAGAGGGGAGGGAGAAGA